AUGCGAAGUCAAAUCUUAGGAUAUGUUCCUUCCCUGGGCGAUCUUUCUUAUCCUGAGAAGUUAGAACUAAUGAAUAGUAUUGCUUCAGAACUACCCAGCAAGGUAGCUCAGCCUUGUCAUUCUCUCCCGGACUCCAUUUUAACUUCGUCUGAUCAUACUUCUUCUGAUAUUAAUGUUCCGCUGAAUUCAAAAAUGCUUUUAUCUCCAGCUGAUAUGCAUGGAAUGUGGUAUCCUACAGUUCGAAGAACUCUGGUUUGUCUCUCAAAAUUGAGUCGAUGUUUGGAUGUUGAUUCAUUCCGAGGUUUAGCACAUGAUUGUCUGGCACUGUGCAUCCAGUCUCUUGUUCAGGCUGCUUCUCAAAUUGAAGCCAAUCGAAAUCCUAUAGAUGGGCAGCUGUUUCUUAUAAAACAUCUCCUUAUCCUUAGAGAGCAAAUGGUUCCAUUUAAUGUGGAGUUCUCUGUAAACGAGACAAGUCUGGACAUAAACAAGUUGAAAUGUAAGUAUGGUAGUAUUUAUGUGUUUAGCCUGAACUUAAUGGCUAUCCAUUCUUCUUAUACUCUCAAGUUAUUACAAUAUAAAUGUGGCUUCAGCCUUAUUGUUACUUGA